GAUCCCCUUUUAUUUCUCGAUGCUGGUUGUGGGUGUGGAAAUACAAUAUUCCCGUUAACCAAAUGUUUUCCUAAUUGGGAAUUUUACGGAAUAGAUUUUUCUAAAAAUGCAAUUGAUUUACUUGAGAAGAGAUCAGAGGAAACAAGCGUAAGGGGAUCCCCUUUUAUUUCUCGAUGCUGGUUGUGGGUGUGGAAAUACAAUAUUCCCUUAUAGCCACUGUAUUCGAUUUAACAUCAAGAAACAUAUCAGAAUUGGAUUUUCCUCAAAUGGAUUUAAUUUCUCUAGUGUUUGUACUCUCAACAAUUUCAAAAGAAGGGCAAUUUGAAGUUGUUAAAAAUAUUAGGAAAUUAUUGAAGCCGAAAGGAAGUGUAAUUGUUAGGGAUUAUGGAGCGAAUGACCAUGCAAUGACUAGAUUUGGAAGAAAUUCAAAAAUAGACGAGCGCUUUUAUGUUAGACAGGACGGGACUAGAGCCUAUUAUUUUUUAACAGGCAAAAACAAAAAUUUCAAAAAAUUAAAAAUUGAAAAAAACUUUUUUUAGAGGAGCUAAGUUCAUUAUUUGAGGAAUGUGGAUACUCUACCCAUGAAUGUAAUUAUGUCCACAGAACAACAGAAAAUAUAAAAGAAGGGAUUAAUUUUGAAAGAACAUUUGUUGAGG